AUGAGGCUGCUGCUCCUCGCGGUCGCGGCGGCGGCCCAGGCACCGUCGGCCGCGCCGACCUACGAAACGCUGCCACCAACACGCUCACCGUCGGCCGUCCCGACCUACCGGACGCCGGCGCCCUUCGCGGCGCCGCCGGACGACUACGAUCGCAGCAAGUUCGACCACGACCCCGGCUCCUGCGCCAACUACGGGAUGGAUGAAGUGUACACGGGCGACGCACUUGGUCUAGGAGGAGGGCUGCUCGCGGGCGAGGAUUGCUGUUUUGUUUACGAGUACAACGACUGCACGCACAAUCCCACCGGCCUACCGACGACCGUGCCCAGUGCGGUACCGACGGCGCUGCCGUCCGCGCUGCCGUCCGUGAGCAGCAACCCGUCGAGCGUGCCCACUGCCUCACCCUCGGGCGUCCCAACAUCAAAACCCUCCGGGCAUCCGACGCGGCCGCCGUCGAGCGUCCCGGUGUCGGACCCUACGGCAGCUCCCACAUCCAUACCCACGUCGCCGCCGUCCGAGAUCCCGUCGAACCCGCCGACGCCGUUCCCCUCGGAGUUCCCGACGACGGUCCCGUCGUCGGCGCCGACGUCGCCGCCGACCCUGCCCCCGACGCCCGCGCCGUCGGCGCCGCCGUCCAUCAUCCCGCCGCCGACGGCCAAACCGUCGCGGGCGCCGACCUGGGGCGGGAGCCGCCCCCCGACGACGGCCGCGCCGAGCCGCCUCCCGAGUUCGUUGCCCUCUUCGGCGCCGACGUCGCUGCCAACCUCGCUGCCGACGGUCCUCCCGUCCGCCGCGGUCUCGCGGCCGCCUUCAUCAAUCCCGUCGGCCCUGCCAACACCGACGCCGACGUCCGCGCCGACCGCGUUCCCGACUCGACCACCUAGUUCGGCGCCGUCGCCACCACCAACAUCUCAACCGACAGCAGUGCCCACGACGCCGCCGUCGCCGCGGCCGAGCGUGCUGCCGACGUCCGAACCGACGGCCGUCCCCACGACGCCUCCCUCGCCGACGCCGACGACGCCGCCUUCCUCGACGCCGACGUCGGACCCGUCCGCGAUACCGACGAGCCCGGCGCCGUCCGUGACGUUCACACCCACCGCCGUGCCCUCGGCCCAGCCGAGCCGUUCGCCGACGACGACGCGCUACCCCACGGCCGCGCCCACGUCGCUACCGUCGCCCGCGCCGACGACGCAAGUGCCCACGUCGCUCCCGAGCACGGUCCCGAGCCCGGCGCCGACCCUGCUGCCGAGUCUAUUACCGACGGUCGCGCCGACCACCGGCGACUGCCUCGCCAGCAUUACCGACGCCUGCAACUGCACGUACGUCCUCGCGGAGUACGCGACAACCCUCGCGCCGACGGCCCGCGUCGUCCCGACCGUCGCGCCGACGCCGCGGCCGUCGACGCCGGCGCCGACGACGCCCGUGCCGACGCCGCGGCCCUCGCUGACGCCCUACCCGUCGGCCGUGCCCACGGGCGACCCGAGCGGCGUCCCCACGUCGCCGCCAUCAUCAACGCCGACGGCCCCGCCGUCGAGCCAACCGACGCGCGUGCCGACCGUGCCGCCGACGUCGACGCCGACGAGCCAGCCGAGUUCCGCGUUCAGCGCCCUGCCGACGCCGGCGCCGUCGCGCGCGCCGACCGCCGUGCCCACGACGGAACCUACUCCUACACCGUCGGCAUCGGCCGCGCCGUCCGCGCUGCCCUCCUCGCGACCAACAACAAUCCCCUCGGCGCGCCCGACGGGCGUGCCGACGGCCGCGCCGACGUCGCGGCCGACGCAGCCGCCGACAUCAGCACCGUCGCCGGCGCCGACGGCGCGGUGCCCCGCGCACGUCUGGCUCGAGGGCGACCCGACGACGACUGGCGCCGUGACAGCCGUCACGGGGUCGGGAAAAGAGGGCCCCGAGGCCGUCACCAGCGCGGACGGCGCAAGCCACAGAUUGGACGGGCCCUGGGAGGGCGGCGUCGACCCGGCGAGCGGCGUCGACGCCUGCUGCCGCUUCGUGCAGACGCCCUGCCCCACGCCCGUGCCCACGGCCGUCCCGACGGCGCUGCCGUCGCCCGCGCCGAGCGUCCCGCCGACGGGCGUGCCGACGUCCCCACCAACGGGCACGUCGCCGCCUUCGAUGGUGCCCGUCGCCGUGCCAACGGCCGUACCUACCUCACUACCCACGUCGCUCCCGACGUCGCUGCCCUCGACCCUGCCUACAUCUUCACCGUCCCGCUACGCCGAAACGCCCGGACCGACGCCGGCGCCCUCGCCCCGACCGUCGCCGGCGCCCACGCCGGCCCCGACGCCCGUCCCGACGCCCGCACCGAGCGGCUGCCGCUGCGUCAUGGACUUUGGGUUCACGCGGGGCGUCGGCGGCUUCGCGUACCGCGGCGACGGGCUGCUCUACGGCGCGCUGCCCGCGGUCAACCCCGCGGGUACGAAGUGGACGCACGGCGACGACGCACUGCUGGACGGCUUCGCCUGGGCCGAGUACCUCGCGAGCCGGGCCUUCUACCGGAGCGCGGCCGUCAAGGCGCGCUCCACGAACGUCACGGACAUGGACGGCAAGUGCAUCUACCGAAAAGCGCCCGAGCCCUCGGCGGCGCCGACGCCCCGGCCCAGCGUGCCGCCCGGCGUGCCACAGCCGACGGCGGCGCCGACGGGCGCGCAGGCCGUCGUCGAGGUCUCGGCCGCGGUCGUGCUCACGGGCAUCGACGCGGCCGACUUCAACUCCGACCCGAACCAGCAGGAAGCCUUCGCGCAGUCGAUCCUCGCGCAUUUGCCGGAGUCGCUCGCCGGCGCCGAGGUCACGGACAUCGUCGCCGCGGCGGCGCGGCGACGGCGGCUCCAGGCGAGCGUCGCGGUCUCCUACACGAUUAUCGUGAGGCAGGACGCGGCGGCCGUGACGGACGGCGGCGUUGCUAUCCUGAGUGACAUCACGACCUCGCUCUCCGCCGCCGUGUCGAGCGGCGAGUUCCUGGACACGCUGAUCGCGGAAGCGGCCGCCGCGGGCGCGUCCGCGGCCAUCGCGUUCCAGACGGUCGGCGUCGACGAAGCGGCGACGCUCGACCGCCUCGCCGACGCGACGGUCACGCUGGUCGUCACGACGGCGGCGCCCUCGGUCGCGACGCCACCCAAAAAGAAGAAGAGCGACGCCGUGCUCCUGGGCCUCUCGCUCAUGACAUUGAUCGUCCUCGGCGCGGCGGUCGUCGGGCUCUGCCUCGUCGCCGCGGGCGCCUUCCUCUUCGUGCGCAAGGGCGGCCCGGCCAAGGUCGCGGCGCUCAUGCUUCCCAGUGGCAAGGAGAAGAAGCACCGGAAGCGGCGGGGCCCCCUCGUCGACUUUUCGAAAUUCUACUGGCCCUGCUGCCCCCCCAAAAAGCCCGAGGACCGCAAGGCCGGCCUCGUCGAGGUGCCGACGUUCGGCUCGCCGUACGCGAACAGCGUCAGCACGCACGUCGGCUACGAUUUAGUAGAUGAAUACCACCAGCGGGCGCACGCGAAGCGCAACGCCUGGACGCGCUACGAGAACGUGCUGCUGCGCGUCGUGAGGGUUCAGAUCGUGGAAGGCGCGUACUACGAGCGGUGGAAGGACGCCGUGGCCGAGGCGGAGAUCGACGACAACUGGCCGCGCGUCGUUAUCGCUCGAAGCGAGGUGCGCCAGGAGAUCCUGGGCGAGCGGCGGACCAUGACCCUGUUAGGCUACGGCGACGCGUACACGCGUGUCCUGCACGCCAGCGAUCCGCCUCCGGGCGUCAAGACUGACCUAGUACAAAGGUGCGUCGAGACCUGUUCGGUCGUGGCCGUGCUCCCUCCCAAAAAGUCAAAAGCGGCGAAACAAAAGCUGAAGCUCGCCGCGAAAGCAAGCAUCGACCACUACACCGGGAAGAUAAUCGGCGAGAAGGUCCUGACGUCGAAGAUGCGGGAGACGGCGACGGAGCCCGGCGAGGACGGCCCGACCUGGUACGAACGCCCCGCGCCCGGCGAGUUCGUGUGCUGGUCCGCCUCGUGCUGGGAGCCCGAGGAUGGGAAUGCGAACAUGCUGCACGUCACCGGCAAGGCCGAUAUCCAAGCCGUUGUCGUCGGCCCAUGGGCGGGACCGAGCUUUCCGGGCAAGCGCGAGGGCCCCUACGCCGCCGAGGCAAAGAAGAGGGAGGCCGAAGACCAUUACAUCGAAGACGACGCCCCCGCGCCCGCGGAUCCGAAAAAGGCGCUCGACGCCGUGCCCGCGAACAAAGACGGCCAAAAACUCAUCCGCAACGAACAACUCAAGAAGGUGCUCAACCAGCGGACGACGGCCUUCGAGGCGAACCAGAUGGCUAUCGAGAAGAAGCGCGCCGAGCGCGCGAGGACACCUGCUAAGGUGGCGCCGGCUGAGGAGGAGACUUAA